UAAAUUAACACGUUUUGUCAUACGUAGUUUAUGAAAAAAUUUAAAUUAAAUAAUAAUGAAACGCGGCGAACAUUAUAAAUCCGAUCGAUAUAAUUAUUAUACGAUUACAGUUUUAAUACAAAUGUCGACUUUUAUUAAUUGCCGUGUAACACGUGUUACCGGUUCGGCGCACGGAUUCUUCUUUUGGAGCGUUUCUCAUCUCAUCGGGAUUCGAGCCAUCUUAAUUUACCGAUAACGUAUCACGUAUGGAAAAACCGGACUCAACAUCAGUCACGGUAUAUCGUGUGCGAAACAAGACACAGUCGAUUCGCGACGCGAGGUUAACUUAUUAUCAACGAUUAAUGUUCCAACAAGGUCGAUGGUUGCGAUAUAAUUUGUAUAUGACCAUCUUCCGUGAUUAAUUUAUGGAUCGAAAACGACAGGAUCGUCGUAUUACCGCCGAAAAGAAAUACAUAAUCUGCGAUUGUCCCGUAUUACAUUUGAACGAGGUGGAAAAAUGUCGCCGAAUAAAUGCGGAUUAUACUAUAGAAAAGCUACGAGAACUCGUAUCGGAUCCUGUUACCAACAAUCAUGUCGCACGAAUAUCGCGACUUUUGUCCGAUUAUCUACUUGAGAUUGGCAACAACGGUUACCCAGUCAAACACCUGCCGGCUGUAAUGAAGGUGCUAGAAUUUCUAGCUUGGAAGAUCAAGGAAGUCAACGACUAUCGGGUGCAUCUGAACAGGAUGUUGCAGUUAUGCAGUCAACCGCCUUUGCUGAAACAAACUUCCGAGUGUCUCGUUAGCUCCGUUGUAAUGGAGCAUUAUUUUACGUUGCUAGGUCAUCUUCUAACAAUUUUGCCUGAUGAGGAAGACGUUCAACGGAUUCAUCAGGCUCUUGAUUGUUUAUUAAUCAAGCGGACAAAACUGACAAACGUCGCGGCAGUAAAAUUGGAUUUUUGUCGUCAAACUAUGGAGAAUUCCAGGUUGCCAAUUAUCAUCGUCGAAUUGCUGAAAGCUACCAUGCCGAAAAUGUAUCCGAAAAUUUUAGAACUAGCCUACAUGCUCGCCUCCAUCUCGAAUAAAUGUUGUUACAGAAUGCUAGAGGCUGGCAUACUGAAUACGCUGUUCACCAGGAUGGACCUUCCUUACGCAACGCAGCUGCGCUGUACCAGACCGCCAGACUUACCUCUCGAGGGAGAGGAAUAUCCGUGGGACACUAUGCUUUUGAUAAUGAAACUUUCGUGGUGCCUCAUGGGAUCGGUGCUAUCUCCGAAAAUGCCAUCAAAACACCUGAAAGAUCUCCCAUCGCCCAAGCAAUGCGCCAUGUGGAGCUUAAGGUAUUCCUUCAAGCGGCAGAUACUUCGCGGUCAAUAUUGCGCCGUCAAUUUAAGGAUAAGAAACGACAUCGCCGCAUUGAUUCUCGCUGGAAUCGUGGCUUUACCUUCGUGGGAUCUUGUUAGCAGUGGUAUCGCGGAGGAUAUCGUCAAUCUUUUGUCUGCAAUUGAAUCUGGCACUACUAAAAUAUGGACGGAAAAUGUAAAGUUCUCCGACAACUAUGAGGAUCUCUUCUUUAAAAGGACUCUGCUGAUAAUUAUCGCUCACCUCGCCGAUAUCGACAUUUAUGUCUUUGUGAUGAAGAAAGCGAUGAUUAUGCCAAUUAUUCUUCGAAUUAUUAAAUUUUGCAUGAACGAUAAACGGGAUAAAGGAUAUUCUCCAUCGUUAAUUCUUUUAGAGCAUGCGAUGUAUAUCUUGUCAUUGUUAGCACCACGAAUAGAGGUGGAAUUUGUGAAACGGAGAGGCACUUUUACGUAAAAAAAACGAUAAACAUGAAAAAUGAAUCGGAUUUUAAU